AUGAAGUACUCCUGUGCGCUGCUCCUUCUGGCCAUCGUGGGAUGCUGCCUGGUGAGCCUGUCGAGUGCCGCCACAGGCACAACCACCAGCACCACGACGGAUGCCACCACCACCACUACUACCACUACGGCAUCGUCCUCGGACACCACCACUACCGAGUCAUCGAACUCCACCACUACUACCACCUCCUCCUCGUCCUCCGGCAAAAAGAAGCACGUGACCCACUACAAGCGCAAAACCCACCGCCCCAAGAAGGUCAGGAAGAUCCACCACAAGAGGGAGAGCAGCGAUUAA